AUGCAGAGCCCCUCUUCGCUUCUCCAGCCGACGCCAGCCCUCCUCCUCUGCGCCUACGACCGGAGGAAAUUGGUUUCCAGUGUGACAACCAUCAAGGGGAAUGUCGUUCCAAAUUUUUGUGUCAUCUUGACUAUUUUGCUUGGGUCAUACGUGACAGUUACCUUCCUCAAGGAAGCCAAGGUCUUAAGGUUUAAAGUAAUUAUCAUGGAGGGCGAAUCUACGAGUUGUCAUAGGUUGAAUUUUGAUGAGUCAAUUGAAGAGUAUUCUGAAGCAAACCAAGGCUGUGGUGAUUUUGAAGUUAAUGUAGAAGAAAGGGCUGAUGAAGAAGAGGAAGCGUAUGACUUUUAUUUGAAAUAUGCUAAACAAGUUGGAUUUGGCAUACGAAGGACAAGAACCCAUAAUGAUAAUUCGGGCAGAUUAAUUGACAGGACGUUUUGUUGUAGUGCACAAGGAAAAAAGGGAAAGGACAAACGAGAUAUUUAUGUGAAGCAAAGUCGUGCUGAGACAAGAUUUGGUUGUGAUGCUAAACUGAGGAUUAGUUGUCGAAAUAAUGACAAGUUUUGUGUGGUGAACUUCAUUAAAGAGCAUAAUCAUUAUCUUUCAAGCUCAAACAAAACACAUCUCUACAGAUGUCAUAGGAACAUAUCUUCUUCUGCAGCGAUGCAAAUUGAGAUGGCAAGUGAGGUGGGAAUCCCCCCAAAAGCAUCUCAUGAUCUUAUGAUGAGACAAACAGGUGGGAGGGAGAAUUUAGGGUUUAUUCCUGAAGACUAUAAGAACUACUUGCGAUCUAAAAGAACAAGAAAUAUGAGAGUGGGAGAUACAGGAGGUGUUCUAGAAUAUUUGCAGAAAAUGCAAUGUGAUGAUCCAUAUUUUUUUAAUGCUAUUCAAGUUGAUGAAGAUGAUUUGAUCACAAACAUUUUUUGGUCUGAUGCUAAGAUGAGAGCUUAUUAUGGCAAUUUUGGAGAUGUUGUUUGUUUUGACACAAUAUAUAGGAAGAACAAUGAAGGUCGUCCAAUUGCAUUGUUCGUAGGUGUUAAUCAUCAUAAGCAAUCCAUAAUUUUUGGUGCAGCUUUAUUAUAUGAUGAAACUACUUUGUCAUUUGAAUGGUUGUUUGAUACCUUCACUAAAGCUAUGUCUGAGAAAAAAUCAACAACUAUUCUUACAGAUCAAGAUGCUGCAAUGCUGCAAUGA